ACUCUUGUUUUAUAUGAAGUUUUUGAAAACUACUUGUAACAAAACAACAAGAAGAAUGAACAACAUCAUCUUCAUCAUAGUUCUCCAUCUCCAUCACCUCGAACAUAACUAAAAAAACAUCUGAAUUAAGAUCAACAAAAACCAACCUAUGGAGCUUCAAAAACUUAUGUUAUGUAGAGUGAUAAUAAUUAUAGGAUUUGUAUCCCUGAUGGUCCAAUCUAUUCGUUUUGACAUGGAAUCUGGUCACACCAAAUGCAUUUCAGAAGAUAUUAAAACCAAUUCCAUGACAGUUGCUCACUAUUCUAUUGUUCAUCCCAUUGAAGGACAAGCCUUACCUGAAUCUCACAAACUUACUUUGAGGGUGACAUCGACGUCUGGGAAUUCGUAUCACUAUGCUGAUCAUGUGCAAUCAGGACAGUUUGCAUUUCAGGCUGUUGAGGGUGGGGACUACAUAGCUUGUUUUUUUGCUCUUGAUCACCACCCGCCAGUUAAGUUUCCGGUUGAGUUUAACUGGAAAUCUGGUGUGGCUGCUAAAGAUUGGUCUAAUGUUGUCACAAAAACUUCUGUAGAUGCAAUGGAAUUAGCGCUAAAGAAGCUUGAAGAUACCAUCACUUCCAUUCAUGAGGAGAUGUUUUAUCUCCGAGACAGGGAACAAGAAAUGCAACACCUUAACAGCAAGACAAACUCAAGAAUGGCAUGGUUGAGUUUUCUUUCGCUAUUCAUCUGCUUGUCCGUGGCAGGUUUGCAAGUAUGGCACUUAAAGUCAUUCUUUGAAAAGAAGAAGCUAAUUUAAGGAUGGUAUGGGCAAGGUUUCUUGAAGUUUAUAUCACUUGCAUAGCCAAAAGUAACAGGAAAAAAAAUGUGCAUCAGCUGGUCUUUAUGUAACUCUUGGUAACCAUGUUUUCCAUUUCGAUGAAGACUAUGAGAUAUAUAGUUGUUGAUUACAAUAUCUGACUUGUAAUAUCACAUAAUGAUAUUGAUUUCUUUGAACCGUAGAAAGAAAGUGUCUCCACGAAGAACAUUUGCAUUUAUUUAUGAAUAAAAAAGUUUGUCACA